UGAGUUUGUUUGGAAAAGCCAAAAAGAGCCAAAAAAAAAAAAAAAAAAAAAAAAAAAAAGAAAUUCUUCGUAUUUCUAUAUCGAGACUUCCCUUUUUGUACUUCAUUUGCUGCAUUUCGACGCAUUCUCCAUUUUCAUUUGCUUUUGCCAUGGAUUGUCCUUCUUCUUCUUCUUCUGCUGAGACGCCUCCUCAUAAGGACAAUUUCGAUUGGAAAAACCAACUUCAACUUGAAUCUCGCCAAAGAAUCAUCACUAAGAUUAUGGAAACUUUGAAGAGACAUCGCCCUUUUUCUGGCGAAGAAGUGAAAGAACUGAGGGCGAUAGCCGCAAGAUUUGAAGAAAAAAUAUACAAUACUGCUAUAAGCCAGUCUGAUUAUCUGCGAAAGAUUUCAUUGAAGAUGCUUACGAUGGAGUCAAUGUACGGAAUGUACCGUAUUAAAUCUCUUGAUGAAUUGUAGUGUGGCUUUGCUGGUAUUUGAAUAAAUCUUGAGAUUCAGGUACUUAACGUUCAUAAACGCAAACCUUAUUUAAUGAAUUGUAGCCAGGUAUCUAAUGAAUUGAUAUGGUGCUUGUUGAGAAACUUGUACAUCUAGGUUGAGCGACUAGUCUGUAUUGAUGAUGAUGUUAUUAGAUGUUUUUGUCAGACGACAGAUGGACAUCUGGUUUCACACUAAUUAGCAGGUUUUAGACGUUCUUUCAAGAA